CUUAUAUACGGAUCUUAGGGUGAAUAUAUUUCAAACUGUAGAUUUAGACACUUGAGCACACUCCUCACAACUAUGGGUUGCGGCAUUUGCGGCGCGAGAAGAAGCGCGGUCGCCUUGUCGCCUUUUCAUCUUGGUUCACAUUUCUUCAUAUCCUGAAAUUGAUUCCAUCACUAUCCUGGCACACGAGGCUUUGCUUGACAUUCUUUGACGAUGCCGGCCGAAAUACCAGGCUAUUACUUCGAUGCCACCUCGAACCGCUACUUCAAGAUCCAGCCCAACCACAUCGCUCCCGUUGGUGCCAAUUAUAGUCGACAGGCAGUCAAUGCGCAGAAAGCCAUUGAGGAAACCCAGCGGCUGGAAGAAGCUUCGAAGCUGAGUGAACAGGCAGCUACAGUCUCUCGUUCACGGCUUCUGCAGAACCCUCUCUUCUCUUUCGAUCGACGCCUAGGCAAUGUCCGCGCCCGCCCGAGCUCAAUUGUCUCCGAUUACUAUGCCGCCAGCCUCAGAGGCGCCAAUGCACUCGGCGAAUUCCCACCCUGGGACGUCAUUCCGGGAAGCGAUUUGACGGGCCAAGUUGGUUACAAGUUCGCGAUCGCACCAGAAUGCGGAGCUCUACUGGCGCCAUUCGCGUUCACACCGUCACAGCGGCCUCAUGAUACUCCAGGCUUCAUGAUACUCGCAUUGCCUCGCCGUGGUCGACCUCUACGAGGACAUGGCUCAUAUUUGGACUCAAAAUAUUGGCCGGUCUGCACGCGGGAGGACAGCUGCGGACACCUCUUUGACUUCGAUAAAUCGUCAGUGGUCUAUCCGGCACGCAAUGUGGACUGCAUUGUGCCCGCGGGACCGGGCUUUGUUCUGUGGACGCACCGCAACCCUGGCAGCGAGCAGUCAUACUUGACCAAAGCAGCGUUUACGGCCAACCAAGACAGAUAUCGUACGCGCCCGGAAUUGCCCGCAGUCACGUAUCAAAUCCCACGGCGGAUUCUGGAUUUGGCCACUUCGCCUUCCCGGACCAUGGCUGCUAUUGCAACAAGUGAGGGCGUCUCCAUCAUUCCUGACUUCUGCAACGGUCAUGAUGGGGAUAUGUUCAAGACUCACAUCCAGGGCGAGCAAAUGGUGGUCGGGUUCAAGGACGAGAGAGUGAUUAUGAGCGGGACCCGGUCGGGCAAGUUGAUGCUCUGCGAUACACGAUCGCUCGAUGCCUCUUCUGUCACGUUCCGCAUCCAGCACUCCAGCGCCAUUAGUGGUCUCGCCAUGCUGCCGGACGGCAAUCGGGUUUUGGUCAAUGGGCUGAGUGACAUGAGGAUCUACGAUCUACGCUUCGCGCCGUCCCCGUCUCCUCUGUCUCGCGGCGCCGCCUCAACAACAACAACAACACACCCCUUGUCGCGGAAGGCUAAGUACCGCCGCCACAAUUACGAACACACCAAGCCUACGCUGACGUUCAAUGUCCCUCAACUCCGACGUCAGAAUCAAUACGGGUUAGGGUUCGCGUACGAUCCAGAACUCAAUGUCGUCGUCCGCGCGUCGACGGAUUUUGUCAGCAACCACCGCGUCGGUGUAUGGUCGGCGACCAGCGGCCAGUUGUUGAAGGGUCCACUCAACGAGCACAAGUUCGCCGCACCAGUGACCUGUGCUGAGAUCGUGAGGGUCAGGGACGGGCCGAAGAGCAUCCUCCUCGCGACUGACGGGGAGAUUGUCGAAUGGUGCGCACAGGGAAGAGGCUUUGAACACGAGCAGGAGGUCGUGUCUGGCUGUUUGGGCCCGGAUGAGAGAUCUCGCAGUGUGGGCCGGCCGAGUAUUGCGCCGCGAGCCAUUGCGCCGCAGCCAUAGGUAGGCGAUUCGUUCGGAGACUGGCUCAUGGUUUGAGUUCGCCCAUUUGUUCCUAACCAGUCUUGCCGGUCCUACCAGUCAGGUCAUUGCUGGCACUGGUUACAUGGCCAAAAGUUGUGAUCGUCGGAACGAAAUGUCGCUGCUGAGGGGAAGAGAGAGACGACCCUGCAAACCUGAAUUUUCUGUAAUGUCAACAGGCAUGGCGACGGCGACUUUACUUGUACUGACAAAGCUCUCUGCGAUGUGUCGUGGGUAAUGAAAGCAAUCGAGCCAGCAUCAGUGCUCUGCAUCAUGGUCGUGAGAAGAACUACACAUCGAAACCAGCUUGGGUGGCUCUCAUGAGCCCUGAAGAGAAACGGCAAUAGGGACAAGGACGUCAGCAUCAAAUCUGCCAAUGGUUCGCGAAAGUACUCUUCUCA